GUCAGAAGCCGGCAAGCAUGGCUGCUUCCUCCUUCCUCGGGUUGCCUGCGACUACCCUGGCCGCACUCUCACUCUUGUCUUUCGGUAGCUGGGCCGCUAGUCAGAUCGAGAAUGAAGCAGGACAAUUCUUUAGGAGUGGCCAUACAAACAACUGGGCUGUUUUGGUGUGUACAUCUCGAUUCUGGUUUAACUAUCGACAUGUUGCAAACACUCUCUCUGUUUAUAGAAGUGUCAAGAGGCUUGGUAUUCCUGACAGUCACAUUGUCUUGAUGCUUGCUGAUGAUAUGGCGUGCAAUGCUAGAAAUCCAAAACCCGCUACAGUGUUUAGUCACAAGAAUAUGGAACUGAAUGUGUAUGGAGAUGAUGUGGAAGUGGAUUAUAGAAGCUACGAGGUAACUGUGGAGAAUUUUUUGCGAGUAUUAACUGGUAGGAUCCCACCUAGUACUCCUCGGUCAAAACGUCUUCUUUCUGAUGAUAGAAGCAAUAUUCUUAUUUAUAUGACAGGUCAUGGGGGAAAUGGUUUCCUGAAAUUCCAAGAUUCUGAAGAAAUUACCAACAUAGAACUUGCAGAUGCUUUUGAACAAAUGUGGCAGAAAAGACGUUAUAAUGAACUACUGUUUAUUAUUGACACUUGCCAAGGAGCAUCAAUGUAUGAACGAUUUUAUUCACCUAACAUAAUGGCUCUAGCUAGUAGCCAAGUGGGAGAAGACUCACUCUCGCAUCAACCUGAUCCUGCAAUUGGAGUCCAUCUUAUGGAUAGGUACACAUUUUAUGUCUUGGAAUUUUUGGAAGAAAUUAUUCCAUCUAGCCAAAGUAGUAUGAAUGACCUUUUUCAAGUAUGUCCCAAAAGUCUCUGUGUAUCUACUCCUGGACAUCGUAUUGAUCUUUUUCAGAGAAAUCCUAAAAGUGUCCUAAUAACUGAUUUCUUUGGAAGUGUACGGAAAGUGGAAAUUACUACUGAGACUAUUCAUUUGAAAUGGGAUUCAGAGAUCUUGGAAAGCAGCAGCUAUACGGACGACCAGAUAGAUGAAGAACUAACCGAACCUCUGAAAUAUGCUGAACAACUUCCUGUAGCUCAGAUAAUACACCAGAAACCAAAGCUGAAAGAUUGGCAUCCUCCUGGGGGCUUCAUCCUGGGACUCUGGGCCCUCAUUAUCAUGGUUUUCUUCAAAACUUAUGGAAUCAAGCAUAUGAAGUUCAUUUUUUAGACUCAGUAAUGUAUGAAGAAGAAUGAAAGACUGCAAACUUGGAUAAAAUAAUGCUGUUGUAUGUUUUAAAAAAUACAUUGCUCCUAUGUAAACUGGAAAAAGUGUAAGGAGAAUUAAAUUUUAAUGAAUUAUUGGCACUGUAACUUAAAGAAAAAUUAUCAUUGCAACUGCUUAUUUGCCACUAUAUUUAUAAUUUGUGUUGUUGUGUUAUAAAAACUAGUGUGACAAACAGAUCAGAAUAUAAUGACACAUU